AUGGUUUCGUUGAAGCUCCAGAAGCGUCUCGCGGCCUCAGUGCUCAAGUGCGGGCAGAAGAAAGUAUGGCUCGACCCCAACGAAGGGAGUGACAUCUCCAUGGCUAAUUCGCGCCAAAACAUCAGGAAGCUUGUGAAGGAUGGUUUCAUCAUCAGGAAGCCAACGAAGAUCCACUCACGUUCCAGAGCACGCCAAUUGAACAUUGCCAAGAGGAAGGGACGUCACUCUGGUUAUGGUAAGAGGAAGGGUACACGUGAAGCAAGGUUGCCCACAAAGGUACUGUGGAUGCGUAGGCUUCGUGUUCUGAGGCGUCUCUUGAAGAAGUACAGAGAGACGAAGAAGAUUGACAGACACAUGUACCAUGAAAUGUACUUGAAAGUCAAGGGUAACGUCUACAAGAACAAGCGUGUGUUGAUGGAGAGCAUCCACAAGUCCAAGACUGAGAAGGCCAGAGAGAAGACUUUGUCUGACCAGUUUGAGGCUAAGAGGGCUAAGAACAAGGCCAGCCGAGAAAGGAAACAUGCUAGGAGAGAGGAACGACUUGCCAAGGGUCCUGGAGGAGACAUAGCUGCCGCACCUGCCGCCGCCCCUGCCGCAGCUCCAUCAGACAAACCCGCCGCCGCACCAUCUACCAAAGCUCCAUCAGACAAACCUGCCCCCGCACCAGCUGGAAAGUCUGUGUCCAAGAAGGCGAAGGCAGCCAAGUGA